AAACCAGGCGCGGUGUGAUUAGAUAUUCGGCGGCGUUUUGCAAUCCAACGAACGGGACGAGAGAGAGAGAGAGAGAGAGCGCUUUGUAUGAGCUUGCUCUGUAGGCAAGGCCACCGCUAUUUUGUCCUCAGCUACGAUGCAGUAGAACCCUAGUUUUGGAUGUUGUGUAAUAAGGGUUCUUUGUUUUCUUUGAGCCGAAGCAUUGGCAAUCACUGCACCGUCAUGGGCCUCGAGGAUAAAGUUAAGUUCUUUGUCGACCUCGCCGCUUAAUUUUAUCUGGGUUUUGCAUUUUACGGAGAGUUUUCCGAUCAAUUUUGUUGAAUUCUCACCGGAGAUAUACUGUUUCGUCAGUCCUUAAUCAACAUUUCGGGGUUUGGACUUUAGGGUUAAUUAGUAUUUGCUGAAUUAGUCAGAAAUAAGAUGGCGAGAGAAGCUAAUAACACUGUGUUUCUCGAACAAUGGUUGAAGGGUAUGAGCGGUAGUGUUGAUGGAACUUUGGUGAAGCAAAAUCCUGGUCCUCCUGCGAGAUCAAUCAUUCAAGCUUGGUCUGAACUUCGUGAAUCUUUCCAAACCCAGAAGUUCGAUUCACGCCAUUUUCAAGCUUUGACAACUCUAGUUAAUUACGAGGCCACAAUCCAUGUCGCAGACCCGCAAGCGAGGCUUCUCAUUUCCAUCCUAGGGUCACAGGAUGUUUCUCUUCCGUCUGAUUCUUAUCCACUUUUUGUCAGGUUGCUCUACAUCUGGAUCAGGAAAUCAUUUCGACCAUCUUUGACUCUUGUUGGUUCGUCACUUCAGGUCGUUCAUGACGUUUUUUGCGAUAGACGGAAACUCAGUCCGUCGUUAGUAGCUCAGGGUGUUCUGAUCUCUGGUGCAUUUACAUGUGUUCCCUCUCUGUCGGGAGACUUGAAAUCGUCUUGCUUAGAGUUUCUGUGCAGGCUUUUGGAAGAAGAGUACCAACUGAUAGGAUCUCAAGAAGAGCUUGUUCAUGCCGUACUUGCAGGAAUUGGGUAUGCUUUAUCUUCUUCUUCUUCAGAUGGUCAUUACGUGCGACUAUUGGAUUUCUUGUUUGGUAUUUGGGACAAGAAAGGUGGUCCUCGUGGCAGUGUCAGUCAUGGGUUGAUGAUCCUUCAUUUGGUCGAGUGGGUUAUAUCAGGUUUCAUCAGAUCUAAUUCGGUUGAAAAGAUUAUGCUUUUUAUUAAAGAGGUACUAGAGAUUUCCAAGGUAAGCCAUUCUGCUUUUGCUGUCCUCAUGGCAUCAGCUGGAGCACUGAGAGCUUCCACCAGGGGGUUUAGUGGUGGUGCCCAGAGUUUUGACAUUAUCUCUAAACUCAGAGAUUCAGCAGAAAAACGUAUAGAAGUUGUAGCUAAACUUCUAGUUUCUACUGGUGAUAGCCUACUUAGUGAUAUCCGGAGAAACUCUGGAGAAGUUCUCCUAUUGAAGUGUUGUGCAAUAGCGUUGGCUCGAUCUGGUUCUGUUUCUUCCUCUGCCCCUUUGCUUUUAUGCCUUGUUUCUGCAUUGUUAACUCAGGUGUUUCCUUUAGGCCAGAUAUAUGAAUCUGUUCACAGUGCUUUUGGUAAAGAUCCAACUGGACCAAGACUCAUUUGGGUCAGUGAGCAUCUGUCUGAUGUUCUUUUCAAGGAGUCAGGGGCCAUAACCGGUGCUUUCUGCAAUCAAUACGUGUCAGCGAGUGAAGAGAACAAAUCCCUUGUGGAGAAUAUGAUGUGGGAUUUUUGUCUAAAUCUCUACUCGCAGCACCGCCAAGCUGCUUUGUUGCUUCGUGGUAUAGAAGAUAAGCUGCUCGGGGAUGUAGAGAAAGUUGCAGAAUCAUCUUUCCUUAUGGUUGUUGUCUUUGCACUGGCUGUUACAAAACAAUGGUUAAACCCUGUAGUAUCUGAAGAAAGAAAGAUGGAAACAUCAGUCAAGAUAUUAGUUUCAUUCUCGUGCGUAGAAUAUUUUAGGCAUAUACGUUUACCCGAAUACAUGGAGACAAUUAGAGAGGUGAUCGUAAGUGUCCAGGAGAAUGACACUGCAUGUAUCUCCUUUGUAGAGUCUGUGCCUUCCUACCGUAGUUUGACAAAUCCAAAAGAUUCCUUAAUGCAGAGGAUAGAAUACACGUGGUCAAGGGAUGAUGUGCAAACAGCUCGUAUAUUGUUUUAUCUUCGAGUUAUUCCAACUUGCAUUGGACGGUUACCGAGUUCUAUCUUCAGAAGAGUGGUUGCAGCCACCUUGUUUCUAUAUCUGGGACACCCUAACCGGAAACUCGCAAGAGCAUCUCAUUCGUUGUUUGUGGCAUUUAUCUCCUCGGGGAAGGAAACCGAGGAGGAUGAAAGGAUCCAACUCAAAGAGCAACUUGUUUUCUAUUACAUGCAAAGAUCUUUGGAGGUUUUUCCCGGGAUCACACCCUUUGAAGGUAUGGCUUCCGGUGUUGCAGCCUUAGUUCGGCAUCUACCUGCCGGAAGUCCUGCCAUAUUUUAUUCCGUGAACUGCCUCGUCGAGAAGGCAUCUGAACUUUGUUGUGAAACACAAAACCCGGACAAUGCUGAACAAGAAAACCCGCAAGGAAAGAAGUCCGAUCCUUGUAAUCAGAUCCUCGAGUUGCUUGUGAGACUUGUUUCUCUGGUUGAUAUACAAGUUUUGCCGGAACUGAUGAAGUCAUUGGCACAACUGACUAUCAAACUGCCGAAAGAAAUACAGGACAUGGUUCUUGAUGAACUAUACGGACAAGUAGCUGAAUCUGACGAUGUUAUCCGCAAACCUGCUCUAGUCUCGUGGCUGCAAUCGCUGAACUACAUUUGUUCUAACAAGACUGUGGAAUCCGAAACGAAUCCAAGACAUGGAAAUUCAGCCUCUGGAGGAACAAUGGAGACUUCGAACAGCCAGUUGAAUUCUAGACUAUAGGAUCUCUCUCAUUGGCAGGUAUUGUACAAACCUUAAAAAUUCAUAUUCCAUACCAAGUUUGUUCAUGAAAUUGAGCAAAAACAAUUAUGUAUGAAAUAAAGCGUCGAUCUUUCUUGAUACC